AAAAUCAGUUCAUGUGUCGGGUCGCCCGUUAAACCCUCCGGUGAAGGGGUUUCAGAGGAUCUUAUCCUUGUAAAAUUCGUCCGAGACACUUCGGUCGGUGCGAGACGACGAUCUCCUCAAAGGUUGGCUAGGUUGUCCCAAAAAAUAGGUUUUUCAGCAGAAAUGGCAUUCUCAUAUCCCUCUCACUCGUUAUCUGCUUCCACCCGCCAUCGAAUCUCCACUGAAAUGACUCUGCCGAGCAUAAAAUCUCUUGCACCCCAGAGACAAUGGCCACAAUACUUUGCAUACACCUGCUAUUCGAGCAUGAAGCUUAACAGGUUAUUUCAGAAUACUAGGCCAAAGAUUCCUUGUGCGAUAAAUAUGGCUGCUGGACAUUCAGGUGACCCUGAAAAGGUGAAUUUGGACCAUCUAAUGGACAAGGCGAGAGAUUUGUGGGAUAGAUCACCUCAGCCAGUCAAGAGCUUUCCAUGGAGCAGAGUACUUGAGAACUUCAUUCAACUAUUAGUUGGUCUUGUCGCAGCAGUUGUCAAAUAUUUAUGCGUUCCUGUACUGGGAGUUUCCAUGCUUAGCGAAAUGUCCUACUGUGCUCAUGAAAAGAAGUUAUCUUUUAUUCCUUUGCCCCUACUCAUCGGUGUUGCUGUGGCUUGGAUCCUAAAAGAAACUGCCCUGGAACUCUCACCAUUUCUGAAGGAUGCAGAAGUUCCCUGGCAUCUACUCAUCGUUGCAAUAUUCUUCGCAUUGCUCAAAUUGCCAGGCCCAUAUUACCCAUAUUGGGGGCGAAUAUUUAUACCUCACUUUGCAAAUGGAGUAUUGUUGAGGACCCUGUGGUUUGUUUUCCAGUGGAACAGAAAGCCUGGAAGGAAAUGAAGGACAGAUGUUGUGGCAGAGAUCAUUAGUUGGUAGUCACCCUUUAGCCAUACGAGGUAUAACUUCACCCCAUGAAACUCAAUGACCAUGUACUUUAGCAUCUGGCACUUGAGGGAUGAGCACACUGAAUUUUUACUGUUUUGGCGGUGUUUUGUACCGAAACAAGCCAAAUUAUUUUUGUAGCCAGUUGCUAUUUGUUUCUUGUUGAGACACAUUUAUUUUAUUCAUUUCCUUUAUUUAUGCCGCUUUGA